GCUCCGGCUGGCGUUGGAAGUAGUUCCGGUGGUUUAGCAGCCGAGCGGAGCACACAGACCCGGGAUCUUCAUGUUGCCGGAGCAAACGCGAAUAGCGGGUCGAGACCCUGCCGUCAUGCCGGCCGAGUGACCACAGCGGCGGUCAGCUGGACGCCUGCAGCCGCUCCGAGCACCGCAGUCCCCGAGUGACAGCGCCGGAACCACCGUGGGGAGCUUUUGUCUUCGAGGGGGGAAUUUUCAAGUGCAGAAUCGGCGUCUGGAGCUUCUGAGUACAAAAAGAGAGAGAGAGAGAGAGAGAGAGAGAGUCUGAGCCGGUUCAUAUUCAGCAUAUCCAACAUACACCACGCGGCGGCCAUUGCAGUGGCUAAAUGAAGAACUUGUGAACAUGCACGAGGGAAGGACUCUACCUUUCACUUCGGUGACUUCCCCAGAUGCUUUGGCCCAAAGAAAGAUGGAAAGGAAUGGGAAGAGCUUGAGCCAAGACUGCUGCACAGAACCCAUUCAGUGAGCCAACAGGAGAUCCUCCAUACGCCACGUCGCCGAGCCUCGCACCUUUCCCCCCCUUUUGACCCCUCGACCGACUCGCACCAUGACUUCUGAGCUGGAGAGCAGCCUCACCUCCAUGGACUGGCUUCCCCAGCUCAGCAUGAGGGCGGCAAUCCAGAAGGCGGACGCGGGCCACCACCACGGACACCACCAUGGACACCACCACCACCACCACCACGCGCACCACCACGGGCACGGGCCUGGCAAGAAGAUCGUGCAUUUGGACCCGGGAACGACGCUGGACCAAGAGGAGGCGGCGCAGCACAGAGAUGGGAAACCUCCCUACAGCUAUGCCAGCCUCAUCACCUUCGCCAUCAACGGCUCGCCACGCAAACGGAUGACGCUCAGCGAGAUCUAUCAGUGGAUCUGUGACAACUUCCCCUACUACAGAGAGGCGGGCAGCGGUUGGAAGAAUUCUAUACGACACAACCUGUCCUUGAACAAGUGUUUUCUCAAAGUGCCUCGUUCCAAAGACGACCCUGGAAAAGGUUCCUACUGGGCCAUAGACACCAACCCUAAAGAAGACACAGUCCCCAGCAGGCCAAAGAAGAGACCACGCUCUGGAGAACGGGCAUCGACUCCUUAUAGUCUGGAGUCGGAGUCUCUGAGGAUGGACUGCAUCAUGUCAGGAGGAGCGUCACCGACUCUAGCCAUCAACGCUGUGACCAACAAGGUAGCGCUGUACAACCCUGAGGCAGAAGACAGCGAGAGUCCUGGAAGUUUGGGCGGCAGUCUGAGCAACAGCCUCUCCGAGCAGAGUUUGGCGUCUGUCACCCUGAACAACCUGAACACGGCCGUCAGCAGCGGCAGCAACGUCCACAGCUACACUCCGGUGAGCAGCCACUCGGAGCCUUCGUCCCAGUCCCUGAGCCUCCAGCAGCCCACCCAGCCUCCGCCGCCACCUCCUCCGCCCCCCCAGCCUCAGUAUGGUCUGCCCGUCCCGGAGUCGCGGGACAAGCAGCUCUGCUUCUCGGACUUCGAGGACCUCAGCGCUUCUUUCCGCAGCCUUUACAAAUGCGUCUUUGAGCAGUCUUUCUCACAGCAAGCUGGUCUGAUGAGUAUCCCCGGUGACUCCAGCCAGCAGGCCCGGACCGCCUGUUCCUACCAGCACUCUCCCGGCGCUGGAAGCGGUGGCGGCCACCACCACCACCAACACAACCACAGCCAGACGUCACACCACCCCCACCACCCUCACCUCUCCCCCCACUCGGCCCACAGCCAGCACCCGACUCACGGUCAGCACCAACAGCACUCUGGUCACUCCCAGCAGCACCCGUCGCUCUCCCACCAGAGCCACACAGUACAGACCUGCCCCACUACAGGUAUGUCAGCAGACUGGUAUCCCAACCUGGACUGGCUGAAGGAAAGCUGCCGCAUCGCCACCAGCUACAACUGGGCCGACGUGGACCUCUCCCCGUUUCAGGGUCUGAAAGAGAGCAUGCGGCAGGCUGAGCUCAACAACUGGUCUCUGGACGCCGCCCAGAUGGCCGACCUGUGCUCCUCCAUCAACCGGUUCUUCACGGCCACCGGGGUGAUCCCCCCUCAGGGCGCCGCCCACCCACAACCUCAGGUCCAACACCCGACACCACCGGGAGCACCGCAGCACCCGUCUCAGCCGCACGGCGCCCUGCACCCGAAACCCAGCCAUCACAGUCAGCACGGACAACACAACCAACACAUCAGCACGGGGAACAUGUACAUGGACUCCAGACAGAAUAUUUCCUCUCUGAUGGGCCCUCCAGGAUAUCCACACAUGCCUCCCAUGAGCAGCACGACUCCCGCCAUGACAGGUGACUCCUCCAUCGCUCUCUUAACAGGUCAUCACAGCCAGCUGAGCCAGCAGCAGCAGCAACACUCGCUGCCUCCGGGACACUUUCAGGUGAGACGGAUGCUCGCUGCUGACGACAUCCAGGACGACUUCGACUGGGACUCCAUCGUCUAAACCGAGUCGAACAGGAAGGAGGUCCUGAAAUAAAGGGAGAGACGCUGAGGCGGUGUGAUGUUAGUGAGGUAUGGAACUGACCAACCUUCCACCCAUGUGAAGAAACAGACGACAAUCCAACAAAAACACAAACGGAAAGUAAUUUUUCUAAUCAUGCUGACCUUCUGUUUCCUAAUACGAGCGAUGAGUUGAUGAGUCUAAAGACAAUCAUUUAAAAACAGAGACAGGACAGACUGUGUUGGACGAGGAUAUAUCGUCCAAACGGCAAAAAAAAAGGACGUCUGAAGCUCUCCGAAUUGUCUCAUGUCGUGUUCCCCCCAGUGCCAACAGGGUUACAAGUCGCCAAAGUGUUGUCAAAUCGUCUGUGAAUCGUUUUGCUUUUGUUUUCUGAUUCUGUUCCCUGCUACAACUUGUGUCCCACGUCUGCCUGUGACUGAAAUGAACAGAAAAACUUUUCUCCAAAACUCUCUGCAGAAAAAUCACAUUUUCUUUGUUUUCCACUGAGCAUGUCCAAAUAUUUCAUCCUUUCUUUCUUGUUUUUUUCCACUCUGUUGCCAGGCAUCUGUGUGGCUGUGGGUCUGAAAGAGGAAAGUAAAAGUGCAUCAGGUUGGAUCAGUGAUGAAUGCAGCACCACCUGCUGGUUACAACAAGCACCGGUUUGCUUUGUUUGCCUAACCUUCCUGUUGUCCUCAUUUACGGGCACCAAAAAAUAUUGUUUCCUUGUCUGAAAAAAAUCCAAAAAUUCUGCAAAAAAGUUCCCCAAAUUUUUGAAAAUUUGCAAAACCUUCAGGAAGAAAAUUCCAAUCAUUCCUGAAAAGUUCCCCUUAAAAGUUUUAUUAAAAAAAAAAAAAAUAAAAUCCCCCAAAUUUGGCAAGAAAAUUCUUGUAAAUAUUUUCAAAAAAUGAGUAAAAAUCUUCCAAAAAAUCCUAAAAAUAUCUAAAAUGAUUGCAUAUAUAAAAUAUAAAAUUCUAAUAUUUUCUUGAAGAACAUUCACAAAAAAUCAACCAAAAUCCAGCAAAUUUCGCUGGAUUUUGGUUGAUUUUUAUGUGAAUGUUCUUAAGAAACAUUUGUAACAUUUCUUUUUUCCACCAAAAAAUGUUCACAGAUUUCCCAAAAAUGUUAAAUGUGGACAUCAGAAAUUUCAGUGUGAAAAUAUAUAUUUUUUCCCACAUUUUCAUCUUUAAAACGGGUCAAUUUUGACCCGCAGGACGACACGAGGGUUAAAAAAAAAUAGAUCUAUACACCACAAUGUGUUCUUUCCUGAUACUUUUUCAGUCGAUUUUAAGCUCUUUUCAGUCUGUCUAGUCGCUAUAAUGCGGUGUGUGUGCAGCGGUCCAUGGAUCCAUGUUCUCAGGGUGUAAUAUUCUCAUGCAUCUUCACAUCUCCAUCUCUAUUUGUGAGGUUAACUGUGUGUCGUACGGUGCCGUCAGUGUUCCUGUUGGCUAACAGCAAGCAUCCCCGCGACUGUGGUCAAAAGAUUUUUUUAAAAAUCUUCAUUUUUUUUCAGCUGUAUAAGCUAACAAAAUACUGUGGAAUAAGCUUUUCAGUAGCUCAAAUAACAGCCACUAAUUAAAAUGUAAACGAGAUGCUGGCUAGACUCGGACUACAUCAACAUUAAUGCAUAGUUUACUGAGGUCUAAUUCAGUUUUUUUUUUUCUCUAAUUUUGGUAAAAGUGCACAUCAUUAAUGACCAGGCAGAGAAAGUGAUUUUAAGAUGCCUCAUUUAGGAGAAGACGAGCAGUUUUUUGCACAACGCCGAGCUUGAUAGCGUCCAGUGAAUGGGGAGAAGCAAAAGAAAAGCUUUUUAAAAAAAAUUCUUUGUUUCAAAAGACAUUCAAAAAAGAAAAAAAAAAACAAAUCAACAAGGGAGCAAAGACUAAACGAAAUGCUCAGCUUUGUUUUUUCACUGUGAUGUUAAUUUUGUCUGUGUGUACAAGUGUGUAUAGUCCUCUCUGAUUUCCUUUAGCAUACAGCUUCAUACGGCUCAAAAAAACGCAGAAGACUUUCUUCGUAUUAACGCUUUCAGAUCCCACAUUUCUCCUAGCGACGUAUGGGAUCUUAAAGCUUUAAGGUUGAGAAGAUCUCGGUGAUUGUUCAGGCUGUCAAAACAAGGUCUCAUUGUAGGAAAAAAAAGAAGGAAAACUACUCUUUAUUAUUACCAUUUAAUGCUGUAUUACAGUGACCAGCAUAUAUAUCUUCUAUGUUUGUGUGUUGUUGUCCUUGUAAAUAACAGUAUGUUACUCCUCUGUUUGCCCUUGAAAAACACAGAUUGAUUAAAAAAAAAAAAAAAAAAAAAAAACGAAAAAAGGAAACAGCAAAUGGAGAGGGUAUUUUUUGUUAUUUGUCCUUCAGGAGAAACACAUUAUGUACAUACCUUCAGUUUAUUGUAAAUAAGUGAUUUAAAAAAAAAAAAACAACUGGCAUUGACAUUUUGUGUGUCAUAAAUAAUCUGUGUAUGGCAGUUCAAGCGGUUAAAAAAUCUGUUUCAGUGUUUAUUAAAAAGUCAUGGACCAUUUUUACUGCACUAA